AUGGCAUGUUGCUGUAAGUACAACUAUUUGUUUCUUCACUCGCAUUUCUUGUGGAGAAGAGUUCCAUUUCCUCGCCGUCGCGUUACCGUAACCUCCACCGCCGGUAUCUACUCUCGCAAUUUUCAAUCUCCAAAGUUGCUCAGUUCUUCACGCGCACCACUCUCGAAGGGCUAUUGUACAGAAAGUUUAGAUUCGCGUGGAGAUGGAGUUGUUUCUUCAACUUCUCAGAGCAAUGCAACAUUGGCUCCAGAAAUUAGUUAUGGAGCUGCUCCAGCUGUGCAGCUCGGUUCUGUUAGCAAUGCGGAGGCUGUGGGGAGCAGUGAUUCUUUCAAUGGCAGAGUCAUGCUCAUUGAUGGCACAUCGGUCAUUCACAGGGCAUACUACAAGCUUUUAGCGAAACUGCACCAUGGUCAUCUAGCGCACGCUGAUGGAAAUGGAGAUUGGGUUUUGACGAUAUUUUCAGCGCUGUCAUUUAUAAUUGAUGUUCUGGAACUUAUCCCUUCCCAUGUGGUGGUUGUGUUUGACCAUGAUGGAAUUCCUUUUCGUCAUACUUGUAAUUCAUCAAAAGAAAGUUUUACUGCUAAAGGCCAGAACUUUAGGCACAAUCUAUACCCUUCGUACAAGAGCAAUCGUCCUCCUACUCCUGAUACCAUUGUUCAGGGACUUCAAUACCUGAAAGCAUCCAUCAAGGCUAUGUCCAUAAAAGUCAUUGAGGUUCCAGGUGUAGAAGCAGAUGAUGUGAUUGGAACAUUAGCCUUAAGGAGUGUUGAUGCUGGGUACAAGGUACGAGUUGUCUCCCCAGACAAAGACUUUUUUCAGAUUCUAUCUCCGUCAUUACGUCUCCUAAGAAUUGCUCCACGUGGUGACGAGGUGGUUUCAUUUGGAGUUGAGGACUUUGAAAAGCGAUAUGGAGGUUUGAAACCAUCCCAGUUUGUGGAUAUGAUUGCACUUUCUGGUGACAGAUCUGAUAAUAUUCCAGGAGUUAAUGGGAUUGGAGACACUUAUGCUGUGCAAUUGAUCAGUAAAUUUGGCACAUUGGAGAGGUUGUUGGAAUCUGUCGAUCAAAUCAAAGAGGAUCGCAUUAGAAAGACCUUAAUUGAAAAUGCCGAGCAGGCUCGAUUAAGCAAGGAAUUGGCAUUGUUGCGGUCUGAUCUCCCAUCCUACAUGGUACCAUUCGCUGGAAAAGAUCUCCUGUUUCAUAAACCCGAGGAUAAUGGCAGCAAAUUCAAAAGCCUUUUAACAGCUAUCAGUGCUUACGCGGAAGGGUUUUCAGCUGAUCCUAUCUUAAGGAGAACGGUUCGUCUGUGGGAAAAGUUAGACUCGAGGUGA